GCGGCGCGGUCACGUGACCAGCCGCCCGCGUCCUCGGCCCGCCAGAUCCUCGGCACGGCUAGCCGCUCGGGUCUCCACAAUGCGCACAGCGUCAUGUCGGGCUGCCAUAUAAAUAUGGCCCGAUCCCCACAUUUCACGCGCCUCACUUUUCGCUAGCUCGGCACCCUGGGUUAACUCCACUUUUAUCAUAGUAUCUUUCUUCUCAGAAACCCAAAACACACACCACCAAUAAAAAAAUAUGACGGUCGCAAACAACACCAUAGACUCCGCGCCAGCGCCAAACCCGCAGGCAUCGAUCCAGCAUGAGAGGUCGCAAAACCGCUUUGAUCCGGAAACCAUGCACUAUUUCUUGGAGUCGCUGAAGGAAAAUGCCGAGGCAUUCAAAACCAUCAUCCAACAGUUGGAACGCGACCCGAUUUUGGGCAACGACGCCAGCUAUUACGACCUCACCAAGGCGCAGCAGCGCGAAAUCACCGCCCGCAGAAUCGCCCGCGUGGCCCAGUACCUUGAAAUGGGCGAGUCGCCGUUGUGGGAAACCACCCGCACGUCGCUUUUGAACCUCGUGGACUCGCAGGUGGGCACGCGGAUCGGCGUCAACUUGGGCCUCUUUCUCGGCUGCAUCCGCGGCAACGGCACGGAGGAACAGCGCAACUACUGGUCCACCACCAAGGGCACGGAGCUCUUGAAAAACCUCUACGGGUGCUUCGGCAUGACCGAGUUGGCCCACGGGCUGAACGUGGCCGGCUUGGAAACCACCGCCACGUUUGACAAGGAGAGGGACCAGUUCAUCAUCAACACGCCGCACAUCGGCGCUACCAAAUGGUGGAUUGGCGGCGCCGCCCACUCGGCCACGCACUGUGCCGUGUACGCGCGCUUGAUUGUGGACGGCGAAGAUUACGGCGUGAAGACGUUCGUGGUGCCGUUGCGCGACUCGGCGCACAACGUGAUGCCGGGCGUCACGGUGGGCGACAUUGGUGCCAAGAUGGGCCGUGACGGGAUCGACAACGGCUGGAUCCAGUUCUCCCACGUGCGCAUUCCGCGCUUCUUCAUGUUGCAGAAGUUCUGCAAGGUGUCACGCGAGGGUGACGUGACCAUGCCUCCCUUGGAGCAGUUGUCGUACUCGGCGUUGCUCGGCGGCAGAGUGCAGAUGGUGAUGGACUCGUACCGGUGGACGGCGCGCUUCGCCACCAUUGCGCUCCGGUACGCUGUGGGCAGAAGGCAGUUCAAGCUGGCCUCGCAGGGCGAUGGCUCGGAGACGCAGUUGCUCAACUACCCCUUACACCAGAGAAGAUUGUUGCCAUACUUGGCCCAGGCAUACGUGUUCAGUGUCGGUGCGUGGAAGAUCGACCACACCAUCACCGAGACCUUGGACACCUUGGACAAGAACGUGGCUGCAGAAGACAUGGGCGCCAUCAUGAAGUCCAUCGAGGACAUGAAGACGCUUUUCAUCGACUCCGCGUCCGCAAAGUCCACUGCCACCUGGUUGACUGCAGACUGCAUUGACCAGUGCAGACAGUCCUGUGGUGGCCAUGGCUACUCGGCCUACAACGGCUUCGGGAAGGCCUACAACGACUGGGUCGUGCAAUGUACGUGGGAGGGCGACAACUCAGUGCUCGCAAUGUCGGUCGGAAAGCCCAUCAUCCGCGCGGUCAUGGCCGUGUUGGACCUGGGCAAGAAGCAGAAGUCGUCGCUUGCGUUUUUGAACGACGCCAAGAAGUUCAACACCAAGGAAACAAUCUUGACGUCUACCGACGACGUCUUGGACCUCAAGAAAGCCUUGAGUGCCAUCGAGGUGUUGAUCACCAGAAUCGCUAUUCAGGGCGCGAAGGUCGUGACUGAGAACGACGGCAACUUCGAUACUGUGGGUGCUGCGAGCUUGGCUAUCUCCAAGUUGAAGGCUCACUUGUACUUCUUGAGCGAGUAUGUUAAGAGGAUUUCCGAGAACGAGUACAAGGAGAUGAACCCAUACUUGCUCAAGCUAGGCCAAUUGUACGCGACCGCCAACGUGGUGGAGAAGUUCAGCGGUGAGUUCUUGGGCCACUCGAUUCUCUCGCCUGAGCUUCUCAACGAAUUGACUAACAAGAUCGUGCCACAGAUCUGCAAGGAGCUUAGGCCGGAUGUCAUUGCAUAUACCGACUCCUUCCAGUUCAGUGACUUUGCCUUGAACUCUUCCAUUGGCAAGUAUGACGGUAACAUUUACGAGAACUACUUUGGCACAGUGAAGACCUUGAACCCACAUAGCGUCACCAAGGCGCCGUACAGCGCGGAGUUCGAGCUCGCCUUGAACAGACCUUCUCUUGAGGUCAGAGAUCGGUUUGAGAAAUCCGAGGAGGCUGCCUCGAUCUUGUCCAAGUAAAUCAGCUAGGUUUGAUAUUAAUGAUUAUGAUUGGUAUACGAAAAGACUCAUGCGUCUAUGUAGCCCUGUUGAGUAAAAGAAGACAGAGUACCAAAGCUAUAGGAUGGGAGGGGAGAUCUAAUAGGACUUUCUU